AUGGCUUCUCGUGGUGUUCCCCGUGCCCUCCGCCUCGCCCGCGUGGCCGCUCCUCGCUCGGUUAUCACCGCAGCUCUCCCUCGCCCUGCCAUCGCUGCUGCUACCCUCCCCCGUGUCUCCUCGGUUGUUACCCCCGUCCGUGGUAUCAAGACCAUCGACUUCGCCGGUGUCAAGGAGGAUGUCUACGAGCGUGCCGAUUGGCCCCGUGAGAAGCUCCAGGAGUACUUCAAGAACGAUACCCUUGCCCUCAUCGGCUACGGCUCCCAGGGUCACGGUCAGGGUCUGAACCUGCGUGACCAGGGUCUCAACGUUAUCGUUGGUGUCCGCAAGGAUGGUGCGUCAUGGAAGGAGGCCAUUGAGGACGGCUGGGUCCCCGGCAAGAACCUGUUCGAUAUGACCACCGCCAUUGAGAAGGGUACCAUUGUUAUGAACCUGCUUUCCGAUGCCGCUCAGUCCGAGACCUGGCCCACUAUCAAGCCCCUCCUUACCAAGGGCAAGACUCUCUACUUCUCCCACGGUUUCUCCCCCGUCUUCAAGGACCUCACCAAGGUCGAUGUCCCCAAGGACAUUGAUGUCAUCCUCGUUGCCCCCAAGGGUUCCGGCCGUACCGUCCGCACUCUCUUCCGUGAGGGCCGUGGCAUCAACUCCUCCAUCGCUGUCUACCAAGACGUCACCGGUCACGCCAAGGAGCGCGCCAUCGCUAUGGGUGUCGCUGUUGGCUCCGGUUACCUUUACGAGACCACCUUUGAGAAGGAGGUCUACUCUGACCUCUACGGUGAGCGUGGCUGCCUGAUGGGCGGUAUUCACGGUAUGUUCCUCGCCCAGUACGAGGUCCUUCGCGAGCGUGGUCACAGCCCCUCCGAGGCCUUCAACGAGACCGUUGAGGAGGCCACCCAGUCCCUGUACCCCCUGAUCGGUGGUUACGGUAUGGACUGGAUGUACGCUGCCUGCUCCACCACUGCCCGUCGCGGUGCUCUCGACUGGUCUAGCCGCUUCAAGGAUACCCUGAAGCCCGUCUUCAACGACCUCUACGACAGCGUUCACAACGGCACUGAGACCCAGCGCUCCCUCGACUACAACUCGCAGCCCGAUUACCGCGAGAAGUACGAGAAGGAGAUGCAGGAGAUUCGCGACCUCGAGAUCUGGCGCGCCGGAAAGGCCGUCCGCUCUCUCCGUCCCGAGAACCAGAAAUAA